AUGGUGUCUGCUACGACCGCUCGCGGGAUCGCAAUUCAACGCGCUCAGGUUGAUAGUAUUCGCGAUAGGAUUGAACGCAUAACCGCAGAUCUCAAGGAGAUCAAGAGGUUUUACCCCAUCGUCAUCUCUUCAACAAGGAUAAAACGAGUACAACUGUUCCUCACUUCAGAAUUGAAUUCGCUUCGAGACCAACCCUUUCACUUGUAUGACCAGCAGGAGAAAGUCGACUAUCUCCUUGUUAAAAAUUACCUAGAGAGACAACUUCGACAACUGCAGCUAGACUCUAUUCAAGACCAAAAAACAACGCUUCUACUCCCAUUUGCGGGAGCAAUCGUCAGUCUUUGCGAGAACCGCGCUGUUGGAGCACCGGUAGAACCGAAGAACGCCGCACAGACGCUUUUUGAAUCACAAAGCCAAAUUGACGUGUUGAUCCAGAAGAUUAACAGUGAUUCCACUCAGUUCAGCGUGGGAAAGAAUUCCGCUUAUCGUGCAGCUAGCACCAUUGACUCCCUGCGAGUUUAUCUUCAGGAAUGGUAUGAUUUUUACAAGGGCUAUGAUCCCUCAUUUGAUUGGUGGGUGUCAAACCCCUACGGGGCAGUGGAUGCUAGUCUAGAAUGUGUCGCCUCCACUAUUCGUGAGAAAUUGGUUGGCAUCGAUCUACACGAUGAGGAUGCAAUUGUAGGCCAACCGAUUGGACGGGAGGGAUUACUCGCCGAGCUUCUGGCCGAAAUGAUUCCAUACACACCGGAAGAGCUAAUCUCCAUCGGAGAGAAGGAGUUUGUAUGGUGCGUCAACGAGAUGAAAAAGGCGUCGAAGGGUAUGGGCCACGAUAACUGGCACCAAGCACUGGAACAGGUCAAGAAUGACUAUGUUGAACCUGGGGAACAGACGCAACUUGUUCGAGAUCUUGCAGAGGAGGCUGUGUCUUUUGUUGAAGAGCACAAUCUUGUUACUGUACCGCCGCUAGCCAAAGAAACAUGGCAGAUGUUCAUGAUGUCGCCAGAGCGCCAGAAAGUGAAUCCUUUCUUCCUCGGGGGCAAAUCUAUCAUUGUGUCAUACCCAACCGGCAGUAUGAAUCAUGAAGACAAAUUGAUGAGCAUGCGCGGGAACAAUAUUCAUUUUUCUCGGGCAACAGUCUUUCACGAGAUGAUUCCGGGCCAUCACCUGCAAAUGUUUAUGAAUGCAAGACACAAACCCUAUAGACGUUUAUUCGAUACCCCAUUCUGGAUCGAAGGAUGGUCAUUGUACUGGGAAUUCAUUCUCUGGGACGACGAUCGAUUCAAAAAGACUCCUCAAAACCGCAUCGGAAUGCUUUUCUGGCGACUGCACCGUUGUGCUCGAAUCAUCUUUUCCAUCAAAUUUCAUCUUGGCCAAAUGUCCCCUCAAGAGUGUAUUGACCUCCUCGUUGACGAAGUCGGACACGAACGCGCAACAGCGGAAGGAGAGGUGAGAAGAUCCUUGAAUGGCGAUUACUCCCCAUUAUAUCAAGCAGGAUACAUGCUUGGUGCCUUGCAGAUUCACGCAUUGCGGAGGGAAAUGGUUGAUUCUGGACGAAUGACAGACGUGGAUUUCCACGAUAGAUUUUUGAAGGAGAAUCGUAUGCCGAUUGAACUGAAUCGGGCUUUGAUGCAAGACCAGUCACUCUCGCCAGAUUUUAAACCAUCUUGGAGAUUCUACUCUCUCUGA